GCAAUUUUCCGUCCGCUUGCUUGAUCGCUUGGACCGCUGAGCAUUUUCCCUCACUCAAACAGAUUUCUAUUCGUCCUGCCAGCGUUUGGUUGUGCUCGACGGCAAAGAUUGGUGUUUUAAAUUCAACAGACUAACGGGAUCGUUUUUGAUUGAAAAAAGUUCCUUAACAUCGUUCCCGUGGAACUGUUUUUACUAGUUUUUAUAAAGAGCAGACAAUUGAUGCGAUUUGGUGUCGUUUUAUUGUGGGAAAUAAGUGGAAGUUUGAGAGAGAUAUUUACCCUCUAUAGUUCGAAGAUAAGCGUAUCUAUUUCGACCGAGUAAAUAGUUCCACAAUCCUUAACAAAGAAACAAGUUAGAAACGGAAAAGUAACUGACGAUAUAUUUUCGAAUAUAUACAUAGUUUUGUGAUUUAGAAUCUACGAUGGCUCUGGUACUCGACGUUCAGGAGGACUCCCGCAUGUCACUUUCUAGUGAUCUGUCAAACUUGUCUCCCUGCAAAUCGAGCAGUUCCCUCAGCAAGAUAACAACGCCCACAAAGAGGACCGCUACCCUAUUGACAAGCACCGGGGAAACAAAAGACGACGGCGACGUAAACAAACCGGACAGCAAGCGCAUCCGGCAGGACGGUUCAAGCCAGUCCGAGCAUCUGCAGCAGUCAGCGAGACGCAAGACCUGGUGUGAUAUGAUCCAGGAGGACGAGGGAAACGCAAAACUGAACUCGAACGACGAAGAGACCACUUUAAAGACAAUACAGUUGGGCCAUUCCGAGGAAUUGGCUAGCAGUGACAGCAAGAUGUCCGUUGACGAAAAUAAUAGCCGGGAUCGAUUCCCGGACAGAAAGAUUGAGAUCGAUAUAUUGGAAUCAGUCAACGUGGAAAAGUUCGAGAAGCUGGUCCGUGACGAUAAGAUAAAAUCCCCCUUCAAACGACGGCUGUCGGGAGAGGAAGACGGAGAGGAUGGAAGCGCAGAUGGCCAUGCCACGCGCUUCAGCAACGAUGACGAAGAGGAUGAAGAUAAUUGCGGUGCUGUUUCCUCCGGUGAUAAUAUGCACAAAAAGUCCAAGAAACACGAGAACGACCACGGGCGGGAACGCUUCCGGAGGGAAAGUUCUGGCAGUUCGGCUGACGGAAGCAGCCAGAGUAGCCGUAAACCGAUCGAGUAUGAAAAAGAUCCGGCGAUUCUGGAGCGCCGCCAGAAGCAGAUAGAUUAUGGAAAAAAUACGCUGGGUUAUGAGAACUACUGCAGAGAGGUCCCUAGAGACAAAAGAAGCAAAGAUCAUCCAAAGACUCCUCCAAAACAUAUCAAAUAUAGUCGUCGAGCCUGGGACGGUUUAGUUAAAGUCUGGCGCAAAAAACUGCAUUGCUUCGAUCCGGAUGCGAAAUCCAAAAAUGGUGCAGAAAAUGAGGAUGAAUCUGAUAAUUGAGAAACAUAUAUAUUGAUAAUCGUGGAUAUCAAGUUUAGUCUGUGUCGAGCUAGACAAACAUUUGCGAACGUUGUGCUUAGUAUUUGCAGAAACGUUGAUGAAUGAAAACGUGGCUGAUAAUUACCAAUACAAUCAAGGAAAGUGAGAUAAAAAAAAUGUCAACUCAAAAUUUGAGGAAUUUUGGGGGAAACUCCGUUGUUUGCACCCUAAGUUAAGACAUAAUUAUCUAUUAUAUUUAUGUUAUGUAAAUCUUAUCGAACACAUAAUAUGUUGAAUAACUAUACAUUAGUUUCGUAAUCAAAUAUUUAGAAAACAGAUUUAAAUAAAAAUCAGGAACUAAGGAA